UCGUACUGAAAAAACCCAGAGAGAAAAAGAGUCUUGAAAGCCCAAACCAAAACACAACCGUUUUCAAACUCACUCUGCGUCUACAGCUUUUCAUGCAUGGCGAUUGGUGAAUGGGGGUUCAAUUGAGAAUUAGGGUUCGAAAUCGACCUCGAUCAAUUCUCUUUCCACGGCAGGAAGAUGUAAUCUAACGGAGAUUUUGGUGUCUUUUUUAAAACAAUUUGUUCUAAAACCGUUCGGCUCUGCGUAGGUUUAGUUAGUUUCUAGGGUUUUUCUUUUUGGGGCUGAAAUGUUGAAGGACCAGUUGGAUCGAACCAAGGUGGUGCUACGGCACUUGCCGCCUUCGAUUUCGCAAACUUCACUUGUGGAACAAAUCGACGUUUUCUUUUCUGGCCGCUACAACUGGGUCGCUUUCCGUCCCGGGAAGAGAAGCCAAAAGAAUCCGUCAUAUUCUAGAGCCUACAUUGAUUUGAAGAGGCCAGAGGAUGUUAUUGAGUUUGCUGAAUUCUUUGAUGGUCAUCUGUUUGUUAAUGAGAAGGGCAGUCAAUUUAAAGUUAUUGUUGAGUAUGCUCCUUCACAACGCGUUCCAAAACAGUGGUCUAAGAAGGAUGGUCGUGAAGGAACCAUAUUCAGAGAUCCCGAGUAUCUGGAGUUUCUUGAAUUUCUUGCAAAGCCUGCUGAGAAUCUUCCUAGUGCGGAGAUACAAUUGGAGAGAAGAGAAGCAGAGCGUUCUGGUGCUGGAAAGGAUGCUCCCAUAGUUACACCAUUAAUGGAUUUUGUUCGUCAGAAAAGGGCUUCCAAGGCUGGAUCUCGGAGGUCACUGACUAAUGGUAAAACGAGCAGAAGAGCUGGCGGACCAUCAUCUAGAAGUCCAAGUUUAGCGACGAGCAAACGAGGUUCUGAGAGGAAAAGAAAUUCUGCCACAAUGUAUGUUUUGAGGGAUACUAGAAAGAACACCAGUGCCAAAGACAAGUCAACUUACAUUCUGGUACCCAAGCGCGAUGAUCAGCAACCUUCUGAAAAGUCUGUCACUUUGGCAUCUGCAGCUGGAACUCACGUUUUGGAAGAGGAGAGUGGAGUUUCUGGUGCUGAUGCGAGGGAGAUAUCUCAUGUUCCGGCGAACAUGUCACAGCAGCAGAGCUCAUCUGCUAAAAACAUGGGUGGUACAAUUGCACUGAAACAAAACCUGCGCCGUCAAGAAAAUGGGAGGAUUAUAAGAGGAAUACUUCUAAACAAGGAUGCACGUCAAAGUCAGUCUUCUGGGAUUUACUCUGCGCAACAAAUCCAGACUUCGAAUUCAGAUAGGGACAAACGACCUCCUCGGUCCCAACACGUUCAAUUGAUUUUAAAGGAUACAAAUGGCGCUCCAGAUUAUAAUAUUGUUGGGAAUGACUUGCAUGGUAUUUGUAGCGAGAAGCAGGAGAAACGGAUAAGGAAUAAGGAGAGACCUGAUCGUGUUGUAUGGACUCCUCUAAAUCGUUUAGAUGGAUCAUCUGCAAGUGAUGAGUCUUUGUCAUCUGCAUUUCAACCUGCUCACUCACUGCUAGAUUCUUCAGAAGGAAGUCGUGGAGAUAUGAGAUUUGACACAUCAAAUUCUCUGAUUGGGGAAAACCAAGGCUCCCAUAAACAUCAUGGUCGCCGAGGAACAACACAUGGUGUUAGGGAUCUUGAUGGCUCACCGGUUGCAGGUGAAGGAAAACAUUCAAAAAGAGGCUAUGGCUCCCAUGAGAAACAAGUGUGGGUUCAGAAGUCAAGUUCUGGUUCUUAAGGAUAUUUUUUUUCUUGCAUUGUGUGAUGUUUGGCUACUUGAACCUUCGUAGCAUGCAUGUUGCAUUGGCCUGAGCCUGUCUGUUUUUCUGGACGGAUUACCAGGUGUAAACGAAGUUUCAGCAUCCUUUUGGAAAACCAUACUGAAUGAAGGAGAGAUGUGGGUAUAUAAAUAUAUUAUGGGUUUGAAGAAAGCGCAUGUUUGUUGUUGACAGCAUGGAAAUAGGAGGGAAAAGGAAAAACAGAAAAAGACAUCAGCAUCAUUAACGUAUAUAACAACACAGUUUUUAUCACGGUGCCCACACCAACGGGUUCCUCUCAGAAGAGUUAUGGAUGGUCAUUCUUGUCCUUGACUGGUUAUCAGGAUAUUUAGGUUUUAUAGGUGGAUGAUGUCGUCCAUUAGUUAAACUGUAAAUAUAAAAGCGGAGCACUAUAUACGGCUUUAAAGUUUGUUUAUUUCUACGAGUUAGCAUUGUUUAAAGGCCCUGGUAUCUUCUCCGGUACUCUGAAGGGGUUUUGUUUUGAAUAGAAGACAACUUCAACCGUUUUGCAAUUGAUGGCCGGUGGUUGACUAUAAUUGGAGUUGAUAUAGACUGAUUGGUUGGGUCUAUGUUUUGGCAGUGUUUCACCUUGUUUUAACGGAGACAUUGCUUUGCUGUUAUAUGAAUGAGAUUGUAUACAGAGUGUAGUGCUUUUAAUUGCAGAACAUAGUUUGUGUU